UCGGGCGACCCAGAGAGUUUCCUCCUCGUGAGUGGUUCGUGGUAGCCGGACAUCGGCUUAAGCCCACGGCUGCUUACCGCUGGGACCAGGUCGAGGAGCCAUUCACACGACACCAGCGUGCUUACGUGGAGUACUCAAACGAGCUCGACGCACUUACUCCUUCGAUGGUGACUUGGCAACCGUAUCUUGAUCCAUAUUUCGCCAGCAUACAGUUGAGCAGCAUGUGCUCAAUAGACGAGAACCUCUACCUCAUGAGGUGUCCCCUCAUCUGUUUUUAUGCUGUUGAGUACCACUUGCCCCACAGAGUUGCUCGACAGUUCGGAUUGCGCCAGGAGUUUCCGGUGGAGCCAUUCUCGACUUCAAUAGAACUUCAUAAGUUCGACAGACAGAGACAGAAGAAGGUCAUGGACUUCGAGACGCACCAUCGUGAUUACAUUGAUGAAUGGGAACAACAGGGGGAUCUUAACUAUGAGAAUGACCAGGCGCACACAAACUACAACUUUCGGAGUUGGACCAUCUACAGCAGGACUGAGCUCUUCGCGAUCGACGCGGGACACGUUUGA